GCCGUCACGGCGCUGCGCCUGUGUCGCGACCACCAGGGCCUCAAGGCCACCUGCACGGGGCUGUGCGGGCAGCUGCACUUGUGCAAGUUCCUGGUCCUGGGGGCCUGCAAGUUCCAGAAGACCGGGAAGAACUGUAGGAGCAGUCACAGCUUGACAACUGAUCACAACCUGAGUGUGCUGAAAACUCAUGGCGUCGACAACCUCAGCUACAGUGAGCUCUGCCAACUCUUGUUUCAGAAUGACCCCUGGCUUUUGCCGGAGAUUUGCCUCCACUACAACAAAGGAGAUGGACUCCAUGGCUCUUGUUCCUUUAGGAAGCAAUGUGUCAAACUCCAUGUCUGCCAGUAUUUUUUACAGGGUGAAUGCAAGUUUGGCACAGGCUGUAAGAGAUCCCAUAAUCUCUCUAAUUCUGAGAAUCUGGAAAAACUGCAGAAGUUUGGCAUGAGCUCAGACCUGGUGAGCAGGCUGUCUUCCAUUUAUAGAAAUGCUCAUGACAUCAAGAAUAGGAGCUCUGCCCCGGGCCCACAGGGGACUUCUGAAAAAAAAGACAGUUCAGGUUCUGUGUCCUCAACAACUACUAACCAAGAGGAGAGUGAUCAGAUCUGCUUGUACCAUAUCCGGAAAAGUUGUAGCUUUCAAGAUAAGUGCUAUAAAGUUCAUUUCCAUUUGCCGUAUCGCUGGCAAUUCUUGGAUGGAGGCAAAUGGAAGGAUUUGGACAAAAUGGAGCUUAUUGAAGAGGCAUAUAGCAACCCUAAUAAAAAAAGGGUCCUGUGUGCCGAUUUGGUCAGUGUCUUUCACUCUGAUUAUCUGAACUUUGACUCUAUGAAGUUUGGCACUGCCCAGGCUCGCCGCCUCUCUACAGCCUCCUCUGUCACCAGACCUCCACAUUUCAUCCUCACUACCGAGUGGAUUUGGUACUGGACUGAUGACUUUGGUUCUUGGCAGGAAUAUGGAAAACAAGGCAUGGAGCACCCCACAACCACUGUCAGCAGCAGCGAUUUGGAGAAGGCCUACCUGGCAUACUGUGCACCAGGGUCUGACACCCAGACAGCGAUUCUCAAGUUCCAGGCUGGAAAACACAAAUACGAAUUAGACUUCAGAGUCUUUAUUCAGAGAAACCUGGUCUAUGGUACAUUCAGAAAGGUUUGUCGGAGACCCAAAUAUGUGUCUCCUCAGGAUGUGAAGGCAAAGCAAACCUGCAGUGCCAAGUUUCAAGGCCCAAAGAGCAUCCCGGACCAUUGGGACCCCUCAGCCUUGCCGGACCCCGGCUUUAAGUUGAUCACCCUCCAUUCUUUCUCAGAAGAAUAUCAGAAGGUAUACAGUCUCUUUAACAAUACGCUGCCCUACUACUUUGUUGAGAAGAUUGAGCGAGUCCAGAACCUGGCUCUCUGGGAAGUCUACCAGUGGCAAAAAGGGCAGAUGCAGAAGAAAAAUGGAGGGAAGGCGGUAGAUGAGAGGCAGCUGUUCCAUGGUACCAACUCCAAUAUUGUUGACGCCAUCUGCCAGCAGAAUUUUGAUUGGCGAAUUUGUGGUCUUAAUGGCACUUCCUAUGGCAAAGGGAGCUACUUUGCCCGAGAUGCCGCGUAUUCCCACCACUACUGCAAAUCCGACUCAAAGCUCUACACGAUGUUCCUGGCGCGGGUGCUGGUGGGCGAGUUCACCCGAGGCAAUGCCACCUUUGUCCGCCCCCCAGCUAAGGAGGACCAGGGCAGUGUCUUCUAUGACAGCUGUGUGAACAGCAUGUCCGACCCUUCUAUCUUCGUGAUCUUUGAGAAACACCAAGCCUAUCCAGAGUACGUCAUCCAGUACACCUCCAGCAAACCCCUGGCUGGGACCUCCACCCUGCUCUCUCUGGCGUCCUUGUUUGGUAUCCGGCAGUGAGCACAGGAGGAUGCAUUUCAUGUAUUUCAUGUGUCUUCCUUGAAACAGCUAUUUGGGAAAGUUUUUGUUUUUUGUUUUUUAUAACGAAGCUUUUAAUGAACUGUUUAACAUUGACUUCUCAAUGAAGUUACGUUCUUAAUCUCUCAGUGAUGGUAGUUUUCUGUUUUAAGGCACUUUUGAGCUUAAUGUGGGCUAACCAGUAGUGAUUGUAGGUGAGCCCGUUACUGCUUUUUACUAGGCUAAGUUUUAUUUUUUACUCAUUUUGUUGACUUUGCUACUGAUUGACACCAGGCACAGAGUUUCUAGAUACUAUUUUACAAAUUGGUUUUAAUUCUUAAUAAUUUCUGUCUAUCUCUAGUGAUUUGUUUUUUCAGGGUCUCGGCAUGUUGUUUUAUUUUCUGUCAGAAUGAUACAGUGACCUAUGGUACAGGAAAACCUGCCUUGUGGCUUAGGGAGUUGCAGUCAUUGUGUCUGUUGCUCUGGUUCUAAUCCAGGCAGCUCUUCUGCUGCUUCUCGUAUGCUUCUGGCAUUGGAAUUGUCCAUGUAUCAGGCUGUCAGACAAGUGGCUACUGUGAGGUGUCAUUGAGUCCCUGCUGGUUUCCCUUUGUUAUGGGCCUGGCUCGUGAAUGCUCAUCCCAGCAUCUCCUAAGCAUACUGGACAUUCUCUGAAUAUGGGUUUUAUGUCUUUAUGGGAUUUGAAUACUUGUGCUGCAAAUGUCACAAUAGAGUAUGGAAAUAAAAUAAUAUUUAUCUCCA